AGCCACUGUAAAACGACUCUUACUCUCUCUGAGUCUUAUUCCGAAGUUCACACAGACGAAGUCAUGGACAAAAACUAGUAUAUAUAUAUACAUUAUAACUUUUGUGGGUUACAUUUAUUCUCAGAUGAAAGUAAUUGAGCAAUAUGAACUUACUUACAAAAUCCAUGUUACAAAAUUAUGAUCUUGAUUGAGAUCUAAGACUUUCGCGAGUUUUAUUCAUUUAAAUGAAACUUAUAUUUUUUGGAUAUACUACGCGUGGUUUAUUUUUGUAAAAAACUACGUACUCCCGACGUUUCGGUUACUUUUCAGCAACCGUGGUCACGGCAUCUCGUCUGCCCGUUAGUUUCAUUUAUAUGAUCUUGAUUUUUUUACGGAUAAAUCAAUUAAUAUAAGAUUUACUUAGUUAUAUGAAAUACCUAUAACAUAAUAAAAUAAAUGAAAAAACGGUAGCUAGUAAACAAUGGUUAUAUGGCACAUUUCAGAGCGAUCAUAAAUAGGGCUGAAGAGAGGGUGAGACAGUUACUGGACAAAGAGGAGAUAAAGCUUUGACAUAGAAGGGAAAAAUUACAACAUCUCCUACUGAAAGAACACGAGGAGUUUGUACAGGAACAAGCAGAAAGAGAUGCAAUAAGAGAGUGUGGUUACUGUGAAAAUAAGAAUAGAAAAGAGCAAUACGAAGAAGAUUUAGAUAAAGAGAAAAUACGAGAGUGCUUGAAGGCGUUAGAAAGAGAAAAAAUUGCAAAGGGAAUGAAAAGCACAAAAGCCGAUGAAAUUUUCUUGAGGGAAAUGCAGAGAGAACAGAUGAUAGAAAAGAAGAGAAUUCAACAGAGUCAAGAAGAUGUUGAUAUGAUGUGGCAUCAAGUACUGCUAGAAGAUGUUAGGAUAAAGGAGGAACAAGAACGGCUGAGAAUUGAGAAGAACAAACAAGAAAUGAUCGAACGUCGAUUAGCGUACGACGAACAAAUAACUAGCGCGAAUAGAAAGAGACGGGAAGUAAUACAGAGUGAGAGAGAAAUAGAAAAUAGGAGAUUGGAGAAGAUGAAAUAUAGAAUGGAACAGGAUUAUUAUGAUGCUAUAACGAGGAAAAAGAAUCAGCAGAUGAAAAACAAAAUGAAUUACCUCGAAGGCUUUAACAUGAAGACGUCCAGGAUGAUGAAUGAUAAGGAGAUGGAAAAACAAGUUGAUGAUAGAAUUAUAAACACCGCCUUGGAAGAAUUGAGGAGGGAAAGAGAGCAGAAGAUAGCUCGGAUGGAAUGUUUAAAAAUGGAGAAGAAAUUAUUCACGGAUCAUCGUUCACGUGAGAGAAAAUUAGCUGAAAAUUUGGAAAAAGAAACAGAGAGAAUAGCGUUUAUGUUGAAACAAGAGAAAGAGAGGGAGGCGGACGACGUCACCAGGGAGAUAGAAGUCGGGAGACGAAAUAACAGAUACAAAGCGUCUCAAGAGUACAAGAACCAUCUAGAAGAUUUGAACAUAGAAAGAGAGAGACAGAGAAAGGAAAGGAUGGAGACAAUGGCGAGAGUGAAAGAGACAGCGCAUAAAGAGCUAACAAAGAAGCUAGAACAUAGCAAGGAAGAACUGAACAAUCAAAUAAAAUACAGAAAAUCGUUGACGAAACAAAUACAAGAGAAUAAAAUUAUAAUGAAAAUGGAAAAUAAAGAGAUUCGUGAAAAACAGAUGCCGUUCACGAAAAAUAUUGUCACUUUCAAAGACGCCAUGAAGGAUAUCGCGAAGUUUGGGACCAACAGUCAAAAUCCAGUCCAUCCGUUUAGAAAGCUGAUGCAGGCACAACCAGAGAACCCCAAGUCUUUACCGCUAAUUAGAAAGCUCAACUAAACUUGUUAUAAAUUUACUACACUAUAAUAAAAUAAAAUAUGUAUUCAUAAA